ACGGACGAGACUCGAUACAAGAAUUUGAAGUUCAAUGUCGAACGGACAAAACCUAUUCAACUAGGUUUCACUCUGUUUGAACGCGACGGAAGUAUCGGGGGGACGUGGGAGGUUAAUUUCAAGGAUUUUGAUGCGAGAACCGAUGCUUGUAACGAGAAGUCGAUAGAGUUUCUUAGACGCAACGGUCUCAAUUUCAAGAAAAUCAGACAAGAGGGAGUGGGGAUCGAAGAGUUUUUCAAUGAGUUCGGUCAGAUUCUCAAAGACGUGGACAAGAAGUUGAAGUGGGUUUCGUUCGACGGUUCGUACGACUUAGCGUAUCUGGUUCAAGGCCUGACCGGAAGAAAACCACUGCCCGAGACUUUAGAAGCUUUUAACAAAACCGUUGAGGAAACUCUAGGGCUUACUUUUGAUGUCAAGAAGAUUGCGGUUGAUUGCAAAGGUGUGUCUGCCCGCUACGGUUUGCAGAGAAUAGCAGACGAUCUUCACAUCAAACGUGUGGGUGAUGCGCACCAUGCCGGUUCCGACAGCGAGCUCACUGCCCGAGUGUUUACUGACUUGAUUUUCAGCAUAUCGAAGGAGCAACAGAGAGAGCGUGAAGAGGAGAAACAGAAUGAAGAGCGUAUGAAACGUGCUAUGCAUAUUGUGCACGAAGCGGAACAAAAGAGAAAGCGUGAAGAGGAGGAAGAGAAUGAAGAGCGUAUGAAACGUGCUAUGCAUAUUAUGCACGAAGCCGAAGAAGCUUUUGUGAUGGAAAGACGUGGUUAUGAGAAG